AUGUCGGGUAAAAUUCCUCAUCGUGAUGUUGGGCCAACAGUUCAAUUAAUUAGACGACUGAUUCGAGGUAGAAAAUUCGUUCCUCAUUUGAGAUUUGCUGAUGAACUUGCUUCACGUACUCAACCACCUCCAUCGAUUCCUGGUGGUCCAUUCCACAAAACGUCCAAGGUUUAUUACUAUACUAGAGAUGCUAGACGUUUAGUUACACCACCAGAAGUUUUGGCUACUGCGAAAAUGCUUACUGCUGGAGGGUCGGACGUAGCAAAGAGGGAACCAGUAAAACCUGUUACUCCAAACAAAGUUUAUGAUCCUCCUUUUGAAGAUCCUCCAAAAAUUACAUACCUCGGUUUGAACGACAAUAUAGUUGAGAUAAAGUAA